AUGGAAGGAGCAAGCAAGCGACCGGAAGAUGAGACCGUGGAGGAAUGGGAGCAUCCACUCUUUAUGAAGGCUUUGCCCUCCAGCGAUCACCCAGAUGCAGGCACCUUGGAGGCCCUUUCAUCCCUCAUCUACGAGGAUCAGACUCCCGAGCAGCUUGCUGAGCAUUUUAAGAAUCAGGGAAAUGAGAUGGUCAAGGCCGGCCCCAAAUACUACCGCGACGCGCUGGCCUACUACACGCGCGCACUGGAGCAGAAGUCCUGCAUUGCGCCCAACAACUCCGUCUACUACUGCAACCGCGCCGCCGUGCAGCUCAUGCUCCGCAACUAUAACGCCGUGGUGCUCGAUUGCAUGUCUGCGAUUGAGUGCAGCCACACCAACAUCAAGGCCUACAUCCGAGCAGCCAAGGCGUGCAACGCCCUUGACAAGUGGGAGGAGGCAAUCGAGUUUUGCAAGGGCGGACUCCAGGAGGAGCCCAAUAACAAGGACCUGGUGGCCGAGGCGAAGAAGGCCGAGGCCAUCAAGGCCAAGAUCGAGAAGCGGGAGCAAGAGAGGAAGGAGGCCGAGGAGAAGCGGGAGGCCGAGAACAACAAACUCCUCGCCGUCCUGAAGAAGAAGGGCAUCCAGAUGGGCGCACCGUCAUUCAACACUCAGGCCUACGUGAAGGAGGGCUCCGAGGGGGAGCUGUCGCGGACGGUGUUCGUGCGCGACUCGGGCGAGGUGUCCCUGUCGGUGCUGUUCAUCUACGAGGAGUACAAGCAGACCGACUUCAUCAAGGAAUUCAGCCUCGAGGAGACCUUCAUCGACCACCUGGCCAUGAUGUUCCCCUCCCUCAUCUACACGCCCGUUUCCGAGACCGGCGAGACCGUCAGCGUUGCUCCCUCGCCCUGGGACGAAAAGAAGGAUUACCUCGUGGAGAAUCUCCUGGUCUACUACGAGACCAACUGGACGCAGCCGCUGGGCUCGUCAACAUCGCAGCCGCUCAAGUCCAAAAAGAGUAAGGUCAAGGUCGAUCCUCGGUGGACGCUCGGGCGCGUGCUGCGCGAUUCGCGCUACGUGGUCCCGGGCCUUCCGGUCUUCUACAUAAUCCCCUCGCGCGCUGAGGCCACCUUCCUCCGCGCCGACCUCGACCAGCCCCUCCAGUAA